UCCACUUCACUCGUCGCCGGGCAGCGGCGCUUUUAUAAAUGUCAUUCCUCUUUGCUUCGGUUUCGGCGUUAUUCUCUCUCUGCAUGCGUGCGCCAAGCGCAACAAUUCCACCCAGCUAAAACCCACCGCCAAGAUAAUGGAGGAAAAGGUCGACGGCGAGCAGACCAACGACAGCAGCAAGCAGGAGAAUCAAACCAACCAGGACGAACUCAUCCUGGCGCAGCAGCGGCAAAUCCAACAAGAGAUUUCAGACUCGAUUCCGCUCGUAAGCGAACUGGAUCUUAUCUCAUCGCUCAAUGUCGAAUACAGCAGUGACACCGUCUAUUUGGGCAAGAUUGGUGACCUGUCUUCCAAGUAUAAGCACAUUAGAAGGACAAGACCAGAUGGCAAUUGUUUCUUCAGAGCAUUUACCUAUGCAUACAUUGAAACACUGCUUGAAAAUAGAGAUGACUUUGAAGCAUUUUACAAGUUAGCUGAGGGCAGUAAAGACAUGCUGGUAGAUUUAGGUUUUCCAAAGUUUACAGUAGAGGACUUCUAUGACACUUUCAUGGAGGUGCUCAGGAGGAUUAGUGAGUUGAAAGAUAUUGAUGAGGCCAAGAAGGAAAUGCACACACUUUUUAAUGAGCAAGGAUACUCAGAUUACAUGGUUGUUUAUUUAAGACUGCUUACCAGUGGACAAUUACAGAAGGAGGAAGCAUUUUUCACAUGUUUCAUUGAAGGUGAUAGAUCUGUGGCUGACUUUUGUCAUCAAGAAGUUGAGCCAAUGUACAAGGAGAGUGACCAUAUACACAUCAUUGCCGCAUGCUCGGUGCUGAAAACGGGCGUGAAAGUAAUCUACAUGGAUCGCGGCGUCGGCGACAAAGUGACUGAACAUGACCUGCCCGAAGGGACGACGCCACUCGUGCAUUUGUUGUACCGGCCCGGCCAUUACGACAUUCUCUACCUCUAACCGAGACAACCGCCGCCGACGUCUAUCGGUUGUUGUGUUUCUCAUUACACUGUAUGAUUAUCUCCUUCGAGUAUCGCAUUCUAUGCAAAGAGAUGGAUUAUUUUCGAUAUAAAUCGACUCGAUUUCAUGUUUAUAUAAUUAAGUUAUACUAUAGUAGGUUAGGUAAUUGAAGAUAGUUUUUAUAACGAAUGUGGCUGUUUGCUAAUAAGUAUCCCUGAUCAAUAUAACAACAGGAGCAUACGUUUGUACUUCAA